AUGGGUCCAAAGUUGUGUGGGACCACUCGCUCCAUGAACGUUUGUAAUAGCAUGGAAAGCGGAAAAGAAAUUAAAGUAGAGGGUCUUACGGAUGAAGAAGCUUGGAGUUUGUUCAAGGAUAAAGUUGGCGCUGAAGAUAUUAUUAUGUUGGCCGAAAUACAACCAAUUGCAAAGCAGGUAGCAGAGGAAUGUGGAAGGUCGCUACUAGCCCACGAUCAUCGCUGGCCGUGCUUUGAGGAAAGCAAAACAACUGCCAGCCGGAGGAAUGCAUUACGACAACUCAAGACAUCAAGAGCUGAUCGAUAUAUGGACUAUGAAAUCUUAGUUGAUGAGUUGAUUGAAUACUGGAUGGCUGAGGGAUUGAUUGAUGAAGAGGGGAGUAUACAGACUGGGAAAGACAGAGGCCAUGCUUAUCUCAAGGAACUCAAAGAUGCAUGCAUGAUAGUGAGUGUCGGGAAUGAUGAUAAAUUUGUGAGGAUGCAUGACUUAAUCCGGGAUCUUGCAAUUAACAUCACAAGAGAGCCACCUCUCUUCAUGGUAAAAGCUGGAUUACAAUUGGAGGAGUCGCCUAAGGAGGAAGAAUGGGUUGAAAGUCUAGAAAGAGUCUCGUUGAUGAGUAAUGGUGUCAAAGCAUUUAAAGGCGAACCAAAUUGUCCUCGUCUAACUAAUUUCUUGCUGAAAGAAAAUGGUGCAGUCACCUUCUCUGACACAUUCUUCAAGCAUAUGCACAACCUUCAAGUCCUUGACCUCUCUGGGACUAGAAUUAAAUCACUUCCAAGUUCGCUUUCUGAUUUGAUGAACUUACAUGCACUAAUCUUGACGAAUUGCUCUAAGCUCAAGUGUCUGCCUUCACUAGCUAAGCUUCAUAAAUUAAGACAGCUAAAACUUGGAGGAUUACGUUCCCUGAAUUAA